CAUAAACGUUAACCGGAAGUUAACUCUGAUCUCGGCUGGCUUGACAGUGGUGUCGGGUGAGGGGUCAUAAAUUGAGAGACUCCCCACAUUUACAUAGCUCAUUUCCCCGCCGCAUCGCUGGACUAGACAAUGUGACCCUGCACGGAUCAUCUUGUGCCGGUUGUAAACUGUCAGCCCCGGACCGAGGAGUUACUUUGUGCUGCGACUUGGGUGGACUAGUACUUUCUCAACAUUUUUUUCCAUCACCUCUCUCCGUCCAGCCGGCUGCUGCCUGCCUGCCUCUGUACAUCGACAGGAGGCUUGCCAGCAUGCUAAACAAGCCAGCUUAACCGCAACCCACUGCAGCAAGUCCCCUGUGUGCCUCAGCAGAGGUCCAGCCGAGCUGAGCUCCUCCGAGCCAUGCGACAGUGGUGUGUCCCGGCUGCGACCCCACGCACUGAACCACUCCCCACGGGGCGCCUCUCAGUGUCACCCCCUCCAGCAGAUGCCAGGAUGGAGUGCUGUGAGGUGGAGCCGCGCUACACCAUCGAACAGAUUGACCUCCUGCAACGCCUGCGGUUGUCCGGCAUGACCAAACCCCAGAUCAUCCACGCCUUGGAGUCCCUGGAGAGGCUCGACCCGGACUACCGCCCGCCAUACUGUGACUCCCACCCUGCCCCGUCCAACAACACCCCGGCCACAGCGGCUCCAGCCCCGUCCUCAUCCUCAUCCUCCUCCUCCUCGCUUUCCCUGGCCUCUGCCACCACACAGACCUCUGGCCUGGAUGGAGCCUCUCUGUCCCCCAGCAACAGCUAUGAGGCUUCACCACCACCCCUCUACCCUCCCAGUGUGGGAGUCCAGAGGUCGUUCAGCUAUGACAUGAUGGGAGAGGAUGAGUGGGACCUGGAGGAGAAGGUGGAGGAGUACAUGAGGAGGGACAGCAACCUGGUGAAAGAAGAGAUCAAAACUUUCCUCAACAAUCGCAGGAUCUCUCAAGCAAUAGUGGGCCAAGUCACAGGCAUCAGUCAGAGUUAUAUCUCCCAGUGGCUGCUGCAGCAAGGCCUGGAGAUGAGCGAUUCCAAACGCAGAGCUUUCUACCGCUGGUACCUACUGGAGAGAAAUAACCCAGGGCUGAGAUGGAGUGAAAGCCAGCACAGCCUGAGUCCCAUGCCCAGGGCCAGGGGAGGGGACAGAGACAGAGACGGGACGGUAACAGGGGCAAGCGGCAGCCUCACCAACAUCCUCCCCAACCCCAACACCAACCUCAACCCCAACCCAGCGUGGGGCAGGCAGAGAGAGCUGCUGAUGCACUUGCUGCCGUGGUACACUGCUGCUGCUGCAGCCGCCCAGGCCCAGCCAGGUGCCACCUUGUCAAUGCGUUCUUUGGUGAAGGAGGAGCCUGAUUGGAGGACGGGGAUUAUGGCUGGUGACAGGGGUGGGAUGGUGGGAGGGCCUCUGAGGCUGCGCAGAGGAAGCAGGUUCACCUGGAGGAAGGAGUGCCAAUCAAUCAUGGAGAGUUUCUUCAUGGAGAACCAGUACCCAGACGAGGCAAAGCGAGAGGAGAUUGCCAAUGCCUGUAACUCAGUCAUCCAGAAACCAGGUUGCAAGCUGUCUGAGUUUGAGCGUGUGACUGCGCUGAAAGUGUACAACUGGUUUGCCAAUCGUCGGAAGGAGAUGAAGAGGAGGGCGAAUAUAGAGGCUGCCAUUUUGGAAAGCCACGGGAUUGAGGUGCCAAGUCCAAGCUGCCACUCAAACGGAGAGGAGGGAGAGACGCAAGAGUUUACCGAUCAGGUGAAUCAACGAUUCUCUGAGCAAGAAGACACAUCUUCCCAGAAGAAUGUUGAUCAACAAGACCCCUCCUCAUUGGCUGCUGCUGAGGUAGCGGCCCUGCCUAGCCCCACCCCUCACGUCCUGGAACAGAAAGAUGAGGAGUCAAAAAGGGAGACUGUGGAUGAGGAGUGACCAAAGCUAGAGGAUCCCGGAUAGCCACAUAUUUGAAUUCUUAUCAGAUGAAAUAGGAAAAAUAUGAGUGUCUCCUCUUCCCCUUGUGGCCUUCAGGGCCUGUGACACUCAGAAAACAAAGGGAGAAGGGUGCUAAAGCUCGCUGUGGUGCCUCUAGUGGUAAGGACGCCACUGUAUGUAUCAACAGUAAUCCUGCUUAUAUUAAUGGCAAUAUCUAUCUCUAUAUAUAUAUAGUGCAUUCCAAGACAGUCUUAACAAGCCUAAAUUCCUUAGAGGGAGAGGAGUGUAAAAGAUACCUCGCCCACUUUAAGCUAAGCCUUUCUUUUUUUCUUUGCGACAUGCCUUCUUUUAACAUUUUCAACAAGCGGUUGAUUGAUGGACAAUGGUGAAAUGAAUGUGCAGAGCCUGCAGGUCAGGUGUGUUGUGGGUGAGAAGAGAGCUUGAUGUGAGAUUUGGUGUGGGAUAUAGCACGGUAUACAGGAUGUAGCUUGUUGUGACGAAGAUAACCUCUGCUUGCUUGAAUGUCUGUGACCCCACCUUGUACGCGAGACUAUAACCUCAAUCAGUCGAUUGAUUAAAUCAAUCGAUCAAUCAAUUUGUAGUCUUGCUGUCAAAUCAGUGCAGCCCUGAGGGACAACUGGAAUCUCAGGUAAUCCCAAAGAUGGUGGAUGAAGACAGUGGUGAAUUGUAACAAGUUUUUUUUUGUUUUUCUCUCGACAUAAGCUUUGUUUUCUUCAAAUGAAUGUGUCAUAUCAUCUUGACUAUGUUCAGCCAAAACAGGAUGUGUUAUUUAUACCUUUUGUAUUAGCAAAAUAAGCCCAGGAUCAUGUAUCUCAGUAUAUCUUUGUCAUUCAUCUUGUUUGUUCAACUGAAUGCUGUCGUCUUUGUUCAUUUUUGUAAUCUACUGUACCCACAUUUCAAAGUCUGUCUGAACCCUGAACUCAGCCAGUGAAGCUAGACUAGUUAUGAAAGUCUACUUAGAAUUUUUUUUAAUGUUUGAAAAAAAAUAUGCUAAAACAAAUAUUAUAAAAUCAUAAUGCAUUGGCCUACUUGCUAGAAGCACCUUCUCUCAUGUUGGAAUAAGCUAAAGCUUAAGCUAACGUAAGUUUGUAUGAUUGCAAAGCUGCACUUCAAAGUGGAUCCCACUAUAAUUGAAAGAAGGGAACAUUACAGACUACCUUGCGUUUGGGCCUAGACACAACCCAGGAACCACUUCUAUGGGUGCUGUCCUGUGUCUAAAAAGAAAUACAUUGGCAGCAUUUAGAAACUAUUAACUGUUGAUUUUGAAAUAUGAAUAGCUGACUGAAACUCUGCAUUAUGUUGUCCCCCAUACUGAUUGGCCCAAGGCCGUGGGAGUUCUUGCUCUCUAAAUGUUCAUGAAAUGAACUAAGCCGCUUUUUCUCCAGUGGCCCACAACAGGGCGCUACCAUCUUACCUCCUAAUGCCAAAGCUAAGCCAAGGUAGAGAUGAGCUCCAGAAUAAACUGUGCUCAUAGAAACAGUGUAGUUGAGACAUCUACAUCUUAUGUCAACAGAAUUGACAUGACACGAUAUAGUUAUAGGUGUUCAUUUGCUCAGUACAACACUAGCCAACUCUAGCUUACCUCAAAAUAAUUCUGUCAUGAAUGUGUUACAGGCUAGUUGUCAUAAAACUGACAGCGGCUGUUACUGUGACUGUUUAUGAUAUGGACAGUGUUAUGUAGCAUUUUUGACGGUGGGGUUUGCCCUGUAUUGUUAAUGUAUACUCACCUCAGACAGUUCUGUUGUCUGGCUUUGGACAGGAACCCCCAAAGCUGCACGCUGUUUCUGAUUAUUAAGCUCCUCUCUAUCUGCUUUUCUCUGACAACAACAAACAAUAACAGUAAUAAAAUCUGUAAACAAUG